CGCGCCAGAGAGAGUGAGAAAAAAAAAUCCUCCGCCGUGCACGCGCAGCGCGCGACCGCCGGCACCGCGAGCGCGAGCAUGAAGCGCGAGGGAGCGAGCGUUCGGAGGAAGACGGAGGAGAAACGGCUGAAAAUGUGAGCGGAGGGAGCGGAGCGGAGGAGGACGCAGCGCGGAUCGGUACGGGGGUUUUAACGGGGCGGCUCGCGGAGGCGCGUGGGAUUAUUAUCGCGGUUAUUAUAGAGCGCUGUGCUUUUUUUUCCCCGGUGUUUUUUUGGUUGUUUUUUUUGGGGAGAAUAUCUCUGGAAUGAAGGGAUUGGUAGUUCGUUUGAGCAGAGAGAAGAUCUGACGGGAGAAGCGGAACUGGACAGCGGUGAAUGAGGACCGUCUGGACGGACGGACAGCAGUGGAAUAGAGGAAUAAUUUAAAGCAGCGUUUGGAUUUUUUUGAGGGUUUUUUGUUGGCUUUUUUUGUGGCUCCUUUUUUCCGCGUGUCCGCGUGACCCCUCCCUCCGAUGAGGCCGACUACGAGAACGAGAAGAGUCGAGGGACUGAAGGACGGAAGAGACGUGUGCUGAGUGAGUGUAAAAGAGCGUGUGAGAGAGUGUGUGUGUGAGUGUUGGCGUCUCUCUGGGCGUUUUUUUUUACGGACCAUGUGGCCCUCGGCGCGGAGGGGCCGGAUGUUGCCAGGCCUCGGCCGGGGCUCGUCUCUGUGGAUACGGAUGUUUUUUUGCUGGGCGUCGGCGCUCUGGGUCCGGGGGCAGAGUUAUUACCCCACGGUGAACACGCACUACGGGAAGCUCCGCGGCGUGAGGGUCCCGCUGCCCAGCGAGAUCCUGGGACCCGUGGACCAGUACCUGGGCGUGCCCUACGCGGCUCCGCCCACCGGCGAGAAGCGCUUCCUGCCCCCCGAGGCGCCCUCGUCGUGGUCGGGGAUCAAGAACGCCACGCACUUCGCGCCCGUGUGCCCGCAAAACAUCCACAACGCCGUGCCGGAGAUCAUGAUGCCUAUCUGGUUCACUUUUAACCUGGAUAUAGUCGCCACGUACAUACAGGACCAAAACGAGGAUUGUUUGUACCUAAACAUCUACGUUCCGACCGAGGACGUCAAAAGAAUAUCCAAGGAAUGUGCCAGAAAACCCAACAAGAAAAUAUGUAGGAAAGGAGGUGCCCACACCAAAAAACAGGGCGAGGAUUUAGCCGAUAACGACGGCGAUGAAGAUGAAGACAUACGAGACACCGGCGCCAAACCUGUGAUGGUGUACAUUCAUGGAGGCUCGUACAUGGAGGGCACCGGGAACAUGAUCGACGGCAGUGUGCUCGCCAGCUACGGCAACGUCAUCGUCAUCACCCUCAACUUCCGGGUCGGCGUUUUAGGGUUCCUGAGUACAGGAGACCAGGCUGCUAAAGGGAAUUACGGACUGCUAGAUCAGAUCCAGGCUCUGCGCUGGAUCAGCGAAAAUAUCGGAUACUUCGGCGGCGACUCCAACCGGAUCACCGUGUUCGGAUCAGGCAUCGGAGCUUCCUGCGUCAGUCUGCUCACCCUCUCCCACCAUUCAGAAGGCCUCUUCCAUCGUGCCAUCAUACAGAGCGGUUCAGCGCUUUCCAGCUGGGCCGUCAACUACCAGCCAGUGAAGUACACCCGUCUGUUAGCCGAGAAGGUGGGCUGUAACGUCCUGGACACCAUGGACAUGGUGCACUGCCUACGGAAGAAGAAUGCCCGUGAGCUGGUGGAGCAGGACAUCCAGCCAGCACGCUACCACGUCGCGUUCGGUCCGGUCAUCGACGGCGACGUGAUCCCGGACGACCCUGAAAUCUUGAUGGAGCAGGGCGAGUUUCUCAACUACGAUAUAAUGCUAGGAGUCAACCAGGGAGAGGGUCUGCGCUUCGUGGAGAACGUGGUGGACUCUGAGGAUGGCGUCUCAGGCAACGACUUCGACUUCUCCGUCUCGGACUUCGUGGACAGCCUGUACGGCUACCCGGAGGGCAAGGACACCUUGCGGGAGACCAUUAAGUUCAUGUACACGGAUUGGGCUGACAGGGACAACCCUGAGACACGGCGCAAGACACUGGUAGCUCUCUUUACUGAUCACCAGUGGGUGGAGCCAUCGGUGGUAACAGCAGACCUGCAUGCCCGCUAUGGAUCUCCCACGUACUUCUACGCCUUCUACCACCACUGCCAGAGCCUGAUGAAGCCCGCCUGGUCCGAUGCCGCCCAUGGAGACGAGGUGCCCUACGUCUUCGGCAUCCCCAUGAUUGGCCCCACCGACCUGUUCCCCUGCAACUUCUCCAAGAACGACAUCAUGCUCAGCGCUGUGGUCAUGACCUACUGGACUAACUUCGCCAAGACAGGAGAUCCCAACAAGCCGGUUCCUCAGGACACCAAGUUCAUCCACACGAAGGCAAACCGCUUUGAGGAGGUGGCCUGGUCCAAAUACAAUCCUCAGGACCAGCUGUACCUCCACAUCGGGCUCAAACCCAGAGUGCGAGAUCACUACCGUGCCACCAAGGUAGCCUUCUGGAAGCACCUCGUUCCUCACCUGUACAACCUGCACGACAUGUUCCACUACACCUCCACUACCACCAAAGUGCCGCCGCCGGAGACCACGCAGAACUCGCUGUCCACCAAGCGGCCCAAUGGCAAGGCGUGGCCCUUCAACACCAAGCGUCCGCCCAUGUCUCCGGCGUACAACAGCGAGAGCGGUAAGGAGCAGUGGAACGGCGGCGAGGAGUCCGGGCCGCUGGUGGUGGAGAAUCCUCGUGACUACUCCACCGAGCUUAGUGUCACCAUCGCCGUGGGCGCCUCGCUCCUGUUCCUCAACGUUCUGGCCUUCGCCGCCCUCUACUACCGUAAAGACAAGAGACGGCAGGAGCAGCAGCCCCAGUCCAGUCCUCCCCGAGCCUCCAACACCGCCUCAUCCAACGACGUGGGGCGCCACGCUCCCGAGGAGGAGAUCAUGUCCCUUCAGGUCAACCAGUCGCAUCACGAGUGCGACGCCGGACCCGCCGGAGAAGCUCUGCGAUUGGCCUCGCUCCCAGACUACGCCCUGACGCUGCGGCGCUCGCCCGACGACAUCCCGCUCAUGACGCCCAACACCAUCACCAUGAUCCCCAACUCGCUGGUGGGCAUGCCCAACCUCCACCCGUACAACACCUUCACCGCCGGCUUCAACUCCACCGGCCUGCCCCACUCCCACUCCACCACGCGUGUAUAGCUUUAAGGAGACCCGCCAACACGUCGGGGGGUGUGGGGGUGGGAAAAGGGGGUGGAUUUAUAGGAUUAUACACAGGUUGGAUUUGCAGAGAAGCCUAAAAGAGAACUGAAAUCUGAACAGACUUGAAUUAGGAGUCUCUGCCACGUUCUCCAGAUGUCUCCAGACGUUCUCCAGACAUUCUCCAGACGUUCUCGAGACGUCGAGUGGUUGCAGACCUGCCAAACCGUGAACUUCUCCAUCUCCCCCAGCAGAGGGACGAGCGAGCAUUUCAAGCAGUAUUUUUUUCUAAUAAUCAUUUUAAAAACAGAAAGAGGGGAGGGACUGGGACUGGGACUAAGGGGAGAGGGGACGCCUUUAUAAGAAGACUGGGGGGGGAGAUAUAUCAACAACGUUUUUCUUGAAUAAUUAACAAACAAACAAACGGAAAAAAAAAACACAACGAAAGAAAAGUGCUUUUUAUUUCCCAUUUCAGUCUCUAGUGGGAAACACGUUUCGAAAAACAAUGAGAUGCCUCUGAGAUGACGUUUGCGUACCACUUGUGUUGCUUUCGUUAUUAUUUUCUUUUCGAUGCCUUACUGAGAGCUUCAGUUUUUGUUUUUCUACUCUUUAUCUUUAUCGUUAUCUUUUUCGCUGAGGUGGUGAGUCCAGUUCCGGAACCUGUUCGCCGUAACGACUGGAUUACCGGAAAAACACGAAACGCGAGGGACGUACUCAGAAAACUGAGAACCGAAGAAGCAAUCUGGACCAACUCCUUAUUUUUUCAGUUGCGUUUCCUCACUCACGGUUUACUGUGUUUUAUUUUUUCUGAUUUCAGUGCUAAUUAUACGUCUGACUCUCUGCCACGAGACAAGACUGCAGAUACAACAGACUUUACUGUGAUUGUUUUGUUAAGAGAAAAAAGUGCAUCUUUUUCAACAGAUUUAUCUAUCGCCUACUGGAUCUGACCUUCAUCAAAUGCACAUGUAAACACAACGCUCAGAAAACACCUGUUCGUUGGUGUGUGAGUGUGUGUGUGUGUGUGUGUGUGUGUGAGUGUGCAAGAGAAAGUGUGUGAAUAGGUAUGCUUGUUGUGAGAAUACCUGAAAAUGAGCAUUUGUGUGCUUGUGUAAGAGUGCAAAUGUGAAAGCAUGAGUGUGUAAGAAUGCGAGUGUGCAAAAGAUUAUGUGUGCAAGAGCGCGAGUGUGAAAGCAUAAGUGUGCAAGAAUGCGAGUGUGCAAGAAUGCGAGUGUGCAAGAAUGCGAGUGUGCGAGAGAGUGAGUGUGUAAGAGCUCGAGUGUGUGAGAAUGCAAGUCUGCAAAAGAUUAAGUGUGCAAGAGCGCGAGUGUGAAAGCAUGAGUGUGCAAGAAUGCGAGUGUGCGAGAGCGUGAGUGUGCGAGAGCACGAGUGUGCGUGCAUGUGAGUUUGCGAGAGUGUAUGCGUACAUUUGCCCUGUUUUUGUUGAACAUUUUGUUGGGGGGGGCAGGGGUUUUGGGGAAGGGAGGGCUUUUUUGGCCAUGUUGUUGAUUUUGUUCACCACCAGUAGUGUUUCAGCUGCGUCUCUGGUCGUCUGUCUUUUGCGAAAUAGCACUUUUUGUUCUUUAAAAAAAAAAAAUUAUAUAUGUCUAAUUUUGCUUAAGAAUUACAAAAAUAAAUCUAUUAUUUUACAUGUAAAAGAAAAAAAAAUAGCUAAAGAUUCAACUCAACUAACUGAAACAUGAUUCCAUUGACUUUGUAAGAGUUCCUCCCACAGGAGAUGGUGGCCUGUUUGCACUGAAUAACCUUAAUUUCAGUGUAGACCUGUGUUUCUUUAAAUAUAUACAUAUAUAUAUAAAUAUUGGAAUACAUACAUAUAUGUAUAGGGCUUUUAUGAAGAUUAUGCUCCCAUUGAUCCCAUUCAAAGUGUAAAUGGCUAUUCACUCUUUUAGAUUUUUAAAAAAAGCACCAAUAUCCAGAAAACAGAGCGAUUAGUGUUUGUCCUGGUCUAAUUCUCAACACCGUAAUCUGAGGCCACACCCACAAGUGUCUUUUUAAUAGCUCUAUAUGUAUAUUUAUGUAUAAAUAUAUUUAAUAUUUAUUUAUGUAUACCAGAUGUAUACAUGCUGAUUGUGCCAUGUGCCAAAAUUAAACCAUAAAACUGGAGAAGACAUGUUGCAAAAAAACAUUAUUUCUCAUGCGAAGUUUCCUCUGAUUUAUUCUGCUUGAUCCAGGAUUCUGAACGAGGUGAUAAAAUAAAAUGGUAUGUUCUGGGGGAUACGGAGAGCAAUUUCCCCCGGGAACAGAGAGUCUGCAGAAACCAGACGCAUAUAUUUUAUUGAUCCCCUUCAGGACCACACUGUCCAUCAGGAGUACUGGGGGAUUUGGUGUAAACUGCUCGGUCAGGUGGUUAAAACAUGUUGAUAAACCCUCUCUUCUCUCAAUGCUUCAAAAUCUAUCAUGUGUUUGGUCUGGAAUUACUUUUUAAUCACAAGAAAUAACAAUAAAGCUGAUACAGGCUUCUGA